AUGGCUAGAUUUAACUCCAAUUUUGAUGCUGCUUGUCCUUUCUGCAGGGUAGGGAUUGAGAACUUAAACCAUCUUUUUCUCUCUUGUCCCUACGCUGCAGAAAUUUGGAGGAAGACUGGUUACUCUUCUCAAGGUUUUCUAUCCUUUGAAGACUGGUUUGAUUCUUGGUUUGUUUCUGGUUUCUGUAAGCAGACAACAGAAAAUCUUAUCAUCAUUUGUUGGAAGCUUUGGGAGGCCAGAAACAACCUUAUUUUCAGACAUCAAUUAACCCCCCCAGCUUCUGUAAUUUUUUCUUCUACGAUUACUGCUGAACAGUACAGAUUGGCCAACAAACCAAGGUCUUGGGGUAACUCUCUCCCUUCUAAUGCAAAGCACUCAAUGAUCAAGUGGCAGCCGCCUCCUCCUGGCUUCUGUAAGCUCAACUUCGACGGGUCGGUUAUUGGAAACAAGAAUGCUGCCUCGGGUUUUGUCCUUCGAGAUGAACAUGGCACUCCUAUUGUUGCGGGUUCUAGGAACAUCGGCAUUGCCUCUGUUCCUGUUGCUGAAGGAAACGCUCUUAGAGAUGGUCUUUAUCAUGCUCUGAUCAACAACUGCAAGAAAGUGUUGGUGGAAGGGGACUCGAAACUUGUGAUUGAUGUCAUCAACAAGAAGUGUACCAUCCCUUGGAGACUCCGGAUCCUUGCUAGAGACAUAGCCUACUUGGCUAGUAGCUUUGACCACAUUGACUUCUCCUUUGCUCCCCGUGAAGCCAAUUUUGUGGCGGAUGCCAUUGUGAAUCAUGGUCAUAGUCUGAAGAACCCUUUCACGUGGAAAGGGAAGCUCCCUCUCUCGGCGCUUACAGCUUCUAAUUUUGAUAAUUUUAGUUCUGGUUGUCCUAGGGGUUUCAAGUUGUAA